AUGGGCGAAGCGACCGCCUUCAUGCCUCUGCCAAUCGCUGCGCUCGGCAGCGCUGGCGUCUCGCCGCCGUCCGCGUCCACGACGUCGCCCCUCCUGACGUUCAGCAGCAGUCGUGGCGCGGGUCGGAACCUGCGCCAGAAGGUCGUGGACGAGCUCAAGAACGUCCGCGUGCGCAAGAGUCCGGCCAACAAGGAGAAGCUCACGACGGCGCGCGGCUCGGCGCUGCCCCCACCCGCAAUGCCGCCGCCGCUCGAGCUCAAUGACGACGCGGGAGGCGACACGGACGAGCUGCUCCACGACGAGAGCGACGUCCACGACGGGGCCCACGCGGGCGGCCGCGCGGCGCGCGGGGGCUGCAGCAUCUGCGAGCGCUCGUUCACCGUCUUCCGAGCGAAACACACGUGUCGCCUGUGCGCGCAAAAGAUCUGCGACGACUGCAGCAAGAACCGCAUGAAGCUGCAUCGACGGCUUGAGCGCAAAAAGGGCUCGAGACUCUGCGACCCCUGUGCGCGCAACUACAUGCACAUAGAAACGGGCAGUGGCGAAGACACGAUGGGGCCGUCUCCCGACGCUUCGCCGCCGCUUGCAGCGAUGCCAAGUGGCGACACGCACAAACAGGACCGAGACAACGCCGCAGCUGCUGCUGGUGCUGGCCAUGGCCUGUCACGUUGCCACUUGGCGCCGUCAACGAACCAGAAGGUGACAAAGGCGGGCCACGCGUCGGACACAGCUCGGGCGACCAAGUUGAGUGGAGCCUCUGCUGCCCAGCACGCCCAAUCUGGUGCAGGGAGAGCGUCAAAGACACGGCAGAGCGGGGAACGGGGUCGCUUCCACCCGUCCCAUUUGCGUGCGCGCCACUGGGUGUCGCUGCUGGUCGUUGCGGUGCUCGUGAUGUUGCGUGUGGUUUUCUACAGUCGAAGCGCCGAUUCUGUCUCGGAUACGCAGUCUGCAAGUCGAGCGCAGCUGUCGUAUUCGUUCGUGGAGCGUGCCCUGGACAACUUGCUAUCGGUGCACACGCUGGGCACGUAUUUGCUGGGUCUGGUGUUGUUCGAUGAGCUGUCUCGACCAAGGAAUGGAAAGGGGGCUGCAAGGAAACCGCACACGCGUCGUCGUCGUCGACACCGUCGAACGAGUACGAGCAGUUGUGGACACGAGCGUGAGCGUGUACUGUCGAACGCCAGCGCAGGUGGCAAGCGCUGUGGUCCUGACUCAGCGGCUCCCUUGAUGGCUGACACGUCUCAGGACGAAGACUUGGAGGUGAAGGUGAUUGAGCAGAAAAUCGAUGACGAGGGCGUGACAGUCGAGAAGCUCGUGGCAUCGCUCGAAGAUGGGGCGAGGAAUCGUGCACCAGAUGGAGACCUGAGUCUCGAGUGCUUCAUAAGCACUUGCAACGUCAUCUGCGGCUUCCUCGGCGUCUUUGGCCGAGCAACCUCCUUUGCUGGCAGCACUGUCGGAGCCUACUUUACGUCGAUCGACCACAACCUCGAGACGUGGACUGAGCCGACGUCGUCAGCUUCGUGGAAAGGACAGAGUGUGAAAGCUGUGAUUGAACACGAGGUGGGUCUUGGAGUGGCCGAUGUGGGCGGUAAGAAGAAGCCGUCGUGCUCUCGGUGCCUACUGCGUCUACUGUGGUUUAUCCAGUUUGUCGAGGCCUGCGUACGCCUGACGCUGCUGGACUCGACCGACGACAACUGCUACAACGGCGCCAGCAAGGCGUACGAAGAGACUCUGGGCAAGCGCCAUCCAUGGCUUGUUCGGAAAGGCGUCAACACCGCGCUCGGGUCGAUUCCCACGCGCAGCCAUAUCCUCGCAGAGCUGCACAAAGGGGAAGGCGACGCGCUUGACGUGUUGCGCAAGGCACACGCCGAACUGCUGCUCGUCAUUGCGGAGCUCAAGACCGUCUUUGCAGCGCAUGGACUGACGGACCUCAAGUAA